CCGAGACUGACAGGCGCCAUGUCCAAGGCCGUGUCGCGCAUUCCGUCGAGCUCCUUGACGUCGCUCCUCCCGCGCGCCCUCAACCCCCACGUCGCCGUCGUUGACCUCGUCGCCACCCACCUCACCGCCGAUGAAGACGCGGCCAAGCCCAUCGACCUCACCCGCCUGCUCCCCUACCUCGGCCGCGACGAGCUCACUGCCGUCGUGCUCCGCGCGGGCCACUCCCACCCGCUCCCCACCCUCCGCUUCCUCCUCGCGCUCCCACCGCCGCUCCACCCCUCGCCUCCCGACCUCGCCUUCCUCGCGCACUCGCUCGCCUCCUCCCGCCUCUUCUCCCACGCGCUCGACGCGCUCUCCCACCUCCUCUGCCUCCACCCGGGCCACGACUCGCUCCCCACGCUCCUCCUCGCGUCCCCCACCGCGCCGCACCCUUCCCUCCCGGGCCUGCUCGUCAAGGCCCUCCUCCGCCACUCCCGCCUCCGCGACGCGCUCCGGGCCGCCCUCCGCGCCUCUGCAGCCGGCGCGCCCCCAGACGCCGCCGCCUUCAACGCCCUCCUCGCCGCACUCUCCCGCGCGGGGCGGUUCGAUGAGCUCUGGGCCGCGCGCGCGGCCAUGGCGCGCGCCGGGGUGCGGCCCGACGCGCGCACGUUCAACAUCCUCGUCGCCGCGCUCUGCCGCGGGGAGGACGCCGAGCGCGCGCAGGGGUUCCUCGAGGAGGUGGAGGAGCAGGGGUUCGAGCCCGACGUGGUGACGUACAACACUCUUCUCGCUGGCUACUGCCGCAGGGGGAGGCUGCAGGACGCGCUGCACCUGUUCGACGUAAUGCCGCACAGGGGUGUACCGCCCGAUUUGGUUUCGCAUACCAUUCUGAUGGACGGGCUGUGCAAGGCGUGGAGACUGAACGAUGCUCGCCGGAUGUUUGACAGGAUGGUGCAGGGUGGGUUGAGCCCUGAUGCUGUUGCUUAUAGUGUUCUGAUCACAGGGUACUGCACCGAGGGGCGACUACGGGAGGCGAGAUCGCUGCUGAUGGAGAUGGUUGGGAGUGGGCUCUCCACGGUAGGAUUCGUUCUCAAUGUUGUCAUUCAAGGCCAUGUAAAAUUUGGGAAGCUUCUCACCUGCUUGAACAUGGUGGUGCCGCUGAGGAAAUAUGGUGUCGUCGUCCCACUAGAGAGUUAUAGUUGUUUGAUCGGUGCAUUGUGCGAGGAUAUGCGCCCUAAUGCUGCGAGAGGUUUGCUGCAGUGGAUGAUAGAGGAUGGGCACAGUCCUAACCUGCAGAUGUAUAAUAUGAUUGUGGACUGCUUCUGCCAAUGUGACAAUGCGAAGGAGGCUGUGGAUGUCAAGGUCGAGAUGAGCUCUAGUGAAGCGAAACCAGACUUUGACACUUACCAGGCACUCGUAACCUGCUUUUGCAGAUUGGGAAGGAGCUUGGACGGUCUGUCAGUUAUGGUGGAGAUGAUUGGAUCAGGUCUCCAGCCGAAUGGUGCUAUUUGUGCUGCCUUGGUUUGUGGCUUCUGCAAGGAAGGCGAUCUCAGUCGAGCAGAAUUAGUUGUCAAGUCUUUUGCUCUCGAUUUCCAGAUCUGUUGCAAUGAUAGUUACAAUGCUUUGAUGAGCGCUUACUGUGAGACUAGGAGCACCGUAGAGUCACUGGCACUGCAGGACAGGAUGUUAGAGCUGGGUUUUGUUCCAAACAGUGAGACUUGUCGAUCUAUUAUCCGAGGGCUUUCAAGAAGUCCUGGUUAAGCUGCUGACAUCUGUGAUGGAAGACACCAGCUUGAAUCAUCUUAUUGAGUGGUCUACAUGAUUGCUUAAGAUGCGUGUGUGAUGCAAGAAGCAACAUGGUAGUGAUACUGUGGUGGCUAGGUGGUGCCAUUCCUGCACUGCCCCCAAUUCCCAGUAGUGACAGUCAGGGACGGAGCUUCGUUAGGGCCAAGGUGAGCCUCGGGUAGAUUACGCUGGCAAGAAACAAAAUUUUCUAUCGCGCUCAAUUAUGAAACCAUGUGAAUAGGGGAUUAUUGAUUGUUACCGCUAGAUGUGUAGUGGAAAAAGAGUUAGAGCA